GUCUUAUAGUACAUAGGUAUCCAUGCACCUGCAUAUUACACAUGUAGUAUGCAGUGCAUACAAGACUAAGACCCUUCUCAUCCUUCUCCAAUACAUUAGUUAGGUUGUUCUGUCAAAAUAUCGAUCUCUGCCUUUUCUAUCCGGAUAUGUCUCGCGUUCACGCCGGCGAUAUAUGUACCGUGAAGUCAUUUCUGCCCGUCUGCUAUUAUCAAUGGACGUCGCAUACUUUAACCGGGGAAUAUUCAUUCUAUUCAUGUAUGCACAUUAUAUCGGCCGCUUUAUUCGACUCCGCUCGCUUGGUCCAAGUUUGGCAAUCCUGGGCAACAGAGCACAACUUUGCGCUGAGUCCUGCAUACCUACUACUAGUAGUACAUGUAGGCUCUGGAUUCUGCAUACUGCUAGAUCCUACCCUUAUGGCGAUCUCUUAAAGAGGGUUUUAAGCACGUCCUACAGACGGGAACCUACAGCUUGCCAACUCAAAAGGAACCAUGAAGACGAAUUAGGUUCUUGUCGCUUCAGUCUAUAUGCAUUUGCCCUAUCACAAAUGUCCCCCUCACUGGCGUGGGUGUUGCAUCCCCAAGUCUUCCGUCGUUGGCUGCUACCGAAGUGGGAGAGACGAAUGAGAGCCUUGCCAACUUCCAUGAGCGACCCCGCUAUCGUCAGUUCUUCGGCUGUACAUCUAAUGUAGGUCUCUUGAGCGAGUGGUCGUCGGCCGACGCGAGACCCUUUUCCGCAGCGAUCGCUAGUUACACAUUGCGACCUUACUUUUAGUGUAUGUAGGAGUAAGAGUAGCGACAGAAAAUAAAAUCGCUCUUGUCACCCAGCCUCCUCCCUUUAGAAGAGACACCGUCGUCGCAAGUCAUCCGGCUCGAAGAACUCUAAGGAGGGCGGCAGUGAUCCCCCCCCACCACCCGCAUGACAUGUA